AACAAGCAUCUUCAGAACUUUUGUUUCAUCAUGCGGUAUAGUUUUUGCCCUUUAAAGAUGCAAUGAACUACCAAGAAGAAGGAUAGGGAUUGUUUUUUCCUUUCUCAUUUUCGUCAUUUCCAAUCAUAUUAAGAGAAAAUGAAUUCGGAUUCCUCAGUGACGCUAGCCACCAAGAGGCUGGAAGGGAAGGUGGCACUAAUAACUGGUGGUGCUAGUGGCAUAGGCGAGUGCAGUGCAAGGCUGUUCGUUCAACAUGGUGCAAAGGUUCUGAUUGCAGAUAUUCAAGAUGACCUUGGUGAAGCACUUUGCAAGAGCCUUGGUUCCCAAGAAUCCAUAUCGUACAUCCAUUGCGAUGUUACAUGUGAUUCUGAUGUCAAAAAUGCUGUAGACAUGGCUGUCUCCAAAUAUGGAAAGCUUGACAUCAUGUUCAACAAUGCAAGGAUAGUAGGAACCUGCAAGGCUCCGAGGAUCUUAGCUGUAGAAAUCGAAGAUUUCAAGAGAGUGCUUGAUGUCAAUUUAAUUGGUGCUUUCUUGGGGGCUAAACAUGCAGCUAGGGUCAUGAUACCAGCAAAGAAAGGUUGCAUUCUCUUCACUGAAAGUUUGGUUACAGUAUCUUGUUGUUCAUCUCCACAUGCUUAUGCCGCAUCAAAGCACGCGGUUGUCGGGCUUGCCAAGAACUUGGCUGUAGAAUUGGGACAGCACGGAAUCAGGGUCAAUUGCAUAUCUCCUUUUACCAUUGCAACCCCAAUGGUAAUAGAAUCUAUGGGUAUAGAAAAGAGGAAGUUCGAGGAGUUUCUUUCUUCAUCAUCAGCCAUCUUGAAAGAGACACUAUUGGAACCAGAAGAUUUUGCAAAUGCGGCAAUUUAUCUGGCAAGUGAUGAAUCCAAGUAUACAAGUGGGAUUAAUUUGGUGAUUGAUGGAGGCUACAGUUUGACAAAUCCUACUCUCCCUGUAGCUUUGAGAAGCCUAUUUUCUUAAAGCACACAGUAUACUAUUCUUAUUUAAUUCUUUUUUUUUUUUUCUGAGAAAGCCAAUAAGACUUCUUUUCAUUGGUCAUAAUUGUGACUUCUUUAAAAUAUUACCAUGUAAAAUAAACAGAUAAUAUAAAAUGAUGCAAACUAAUGUAAU